AGUUAUUACAAAAUAAAUGGGUUUAGCUCUCAAAUCAAUGAUCCAAAUCCAUUAAUCAUUAACUUGCGUUCAUCGGUCUUUUGUCUCUCUCUGAAGAGCGUUAAGGAAGCGAUCGAAAACUAAGCUGAAGCUCAGCUUAAUGUCGCAUCGCAUUAUUUGUUAAUAUUAUUCCGAAUAAAGAGAAAAAAGAGAAGGAAAAAUGAAUCUCAAAUUUUGUAUCCUUUUCUCAUUCUUUGUUCGCAAUGUAAUCGCCAGAGGCGGCUAUCGCAGCACUUCUUUAUCUUCAGCUGCAGGUCCUCUUCUCUCUCUUUGCUUCUCUUUACAGCUUAGUAGUUGAGAAUUAUGGUUCCUAAUGUUCUUUUCUUUUUGAUCUAUGUUGCAUAUACAAGUAAAUAAAUUUACGUUGUUAAGGAAAAAAAAUUUAGGGUUUGAAAAUGAGAGUUAUGCCGGUUCUGGAAGGCAUUUGAUCGAGGAAAACCAGUCUCACCACCCGAGAACUGAUAUUGCUCGUGGCUACAUGACUAACUCGGAACUAGAAAGGGCGGUGAAGGAAUUUGGGCGAAGAUGUAGUCACAUUUCUAGAAUAUACAGUAUUGGAGAAAGUGUGCGUGGUUUUCCACUGUGGGUGAUAGAGAUUUCUGACAAACCAGGCCAGGAAGAGCCUGAACCUGCAUUCAAGUUCAUUGGUAAUGUGCAUGGUGAUGAACCUGUUGGUCGUGAGCUUCUUUUGCUUCUUGCGAAUUGGAUAUGUGACAACUAUAAGAGGGACCCAUUGGUUGACUUGAUUGUUGACAAGGUUCACCUUCACAUACUUCCAUCAAUGAAUCCUGAUGGAUUUUCUUUUAGGAGACGUGGUAAUGCAAAUAAAGUUGAUCUAAAUCGAGAUUUUCCAGAUCAGUUCUUCCCUUGGAAUAAUAAUGAGGAUGCACGACAACCUGAAACAAAAGCAAUUAUGAGUUGGUUGAGAGAAAUGCGUUUUACAGCAUCUGCAAGUUUGCAUGGGGGUGCACUUGUUGCUAACUAUCCAUGGGACGCCUCUCUGGAUAAAAGGAAGAACUAUUAUGCAUGUCCUGAUGAUGGAACAUUCAGAUUCUUGGCAAGCAUAUAUAGCAAAUCUCACUAUAACAUGUCUUUGAGCAAAGAAUUUGAAGGAGGCAUUACCAAUGGAGCAGCCUGGUACCCUGUAUAUGGUGGCAUGCAAGAUUGGAACUACAUAUAUGGCGGUUGUUUUGAGUUGACCUUGGAGAUUAGUGAUAACAAAUGGCCUAAUGCCAAGGAGCUUCCUACCAUUUGGGAGUACAACAAAAUGAGCAUGCUAAAUCUUGUUGCAAGCCUUGUUAAGACAGGAGUUCAUGGAAGGGUCUUUUCUUCAGACAGUGGAAGGCCAUUGCCUGGGUUGAUCACAAUCAAGGGAAUAAAUUACACGGUUAAAACUAGCGGGACAUUAGCAGAUUAUCAUCGGUUACUCGUUCCAGGAGAGAGAUAUGAAGUUAUGGCUACUGUGCCUGGGUAUAAAUCAAAGGCCACACAUAUUUGGUUGGAAAAAGAAGAAGCCACAAAUGUAGACUUUAUUCUUGAUCCAGAAGUCUCUUCUGAUGGAACUUUACUUCGUAGUAUUUAUGAUUGUGGCAGAAAAAGCCGGCUCCUUUCAAUAGGGUAUUUCUGGGGAACUCACUUUGAAGUUUAUUUGGUCUUGAUUGUUGUCCUAGCAUUUCUAUGCUUUUUGCUGACACGGCGAAUAAAAUCCAACCUUUUAAAACAGCGAUCGCCACCUAAAAGGUCAGUAUUGACAGUAUGACCUCACUUAAAACUUGUACUCUUGCAUUAUGAUCGAUAAAUUAAAUAGAAUAUCUUUUUGCUUGAUUGUGCAACUAGUAUAUUACUUGUUUGAGUUUACUAUCAACCAUUCCUUAGAUUACUUAUAUUGCAAUUUUCUACCCGCACAUAAUUUGUACGGAUAAUGAUAAUCAAUGUGAUCCCCUUUUUUUCCGACAAAAGGAAA